AUCCCAGAUUGCAAUAAAAACCAGAAAAAGAAAUAAAUUUUAAAAAAAGGAAGCUGGAGAGAUUGCAUUUGCAGUCUCUCUGUCUCCCUUUUUGGAUCUCUCAAUUGUUAUAAUAUAGUUGUGUAUAUAUAUAUAUAUAUAUAUAUAUAUACAUGCAUCUAAGUCAAUCAAUCACGUAUAGGCUAUGCAUCAACCCUUUUUCUUCUGCAAAUUUCUGAUUCUUAGGAACAUUACUGCUUCCACAUCUUCGGCCUGAUAGGUCACGAUUUCUACCCCCCUCCCGGAAGGAACACCUCUUAAAUUUUUCCGGGAAAGACUAUGAGCAGAGUCCGCGCACAUUCGUCGCCUGAUUUAAUCCCAUCUAGUUCUUCUCCUUCUGAAGAUGAAGCGGGGCAUUCCGAGGAUCUCUCCUUGGAAGGUGUGGCUGCGAAUGUUAUGUUGAUAGUGAAACUAAUCCAUGAUCACACUGGGGCAUGCACGAAAGAGAACGAUGACCGGAAGGCCCAGAGAGUGGCCGGCAUGACUGCGAUUCUUGACGAUGCCAAGGCUCGUAUCCAGAAAUCCCUGUCAUCCACUGGCCAGAAGAGGGAGGCAGAGCUCCGGAGGUGUAUGACGGAUCUCCGACCCAGGAACAAUUUCCCUAGGGACCGUAAGAAGUCCCCUGAGCCUGUCCCGAUGGACGAGAAAGAACAGAUGAGGAAGCAGCUUAGCGCGAGCCUAGCUGCUCGAAAGAGCCUCGAGAUGAUGUGCUCGAGCCUGGGGAAGGAGAAGGAGAUCAUGGCUACCGUGCUGUCAAGGAAGGUGCACGAACUGAACGAGAUGGAGGAGAUGGUGAGUGAUUACAAGGCGCAGAAUGAGAUGUUGGUCUCUAAAUUGCAGAAGGAGAGGAAGCUAUCGAAUGGCGGGGACGGGCAAGGGAAUGCUAAUGCAGUUCUUCAGGAGAGGAAUAGGGAGCUCUCGGAGCAGCUCCUGAAGUCCCUCGAUGGGUACAAGUCCCUGAAGAAGAAGCUAAAGGAAGUGCAGGAGGAGAAGAUGAGGCUGAGGUCUUCCCUUGAGGAGAUAGGGGAAGAGAUCUCGGUCGGUCUUGAUCAGGUCAAGGGGCUCAAGGAGAAAAUUAGAACUGCUGAUGGAAGCCCUGAGGAAGCCGGUUCGAGGAUCAGAGUGGAAGAAGGGGAGAUUGAUGCCUUAGAGAAGAUGCUGAAGGGCUUCAAGCUCAAGGUCUCAGAGUGCGCGCAGAGGAGUAUCUAGCAUCUUUAUUGACGGAUCCAAACUCGGGGGGGGGGGGGGGGGGGGGGGCAGAAAUUCCAGCCUUGUGCAUUACGUGCACUCUACGUUAACCCAGAUCAGGGGGCAGCUAAUUGCUAACAGGGUGAUUUCUGGUCCUGCUUAAGCGGGCAGGUUCCAGCCCGAACAGACUGCUGGUACAGUACCAGACGUGCUCGUAGGUCUAUGAUCCUGGAGUGUUGUGUCGUGCCUUGGUCUUAUUGGGAAUAAUUUGGAAACAAUGCUAGACACGCCGUUCAAUUGGCUGUUGUGGUACUAGAGAUGCUGCAGAGGAUUUGUGUUUCCUUGCCGUGGUUUCUUAUUUGCAAGGGAAGGGAAUGUUCAGCACAUUACAACAUAGUGAAUGAAUGCGGCGUUUCUUUUAGACCUUCAGAAAAUUUGACAGGAAAUUUAAGCCUUUCUGCCGUGUCUUGGCUAAGUCGGCGGCUUGUGAUAAGUGCGCAGAACCUAUAAUCAUCUCUUCUCUCUGUAUUUAUGUUUUUGUUAUGGAGCUGAAGUUGUUCAGAACCAAAAUGCUGAUGUACGCUGCCGGAGAUCUCCCUCGGCUACCUGUUAGGAUCUUAUAAGGUCAAACCACAGCGUCGUCGAUUGGCCUAGGCAAGGUCAUCGUUUGGUUCUCACAAAUCACAAAACCUUUUUCGGUUCCAAACCGGCUCAAGUCAAAUUGGCAUCGGGUGAUCGUUGUACCUUGUCCAGUCCACGUCACCCUGGACUGUGGCCAUAUCCACUUCUUUUUUCGCUAAGAUUACGAUUCGGUUUCUAUUA